ACUCAACCGACGAGAUGGUGUUCCCGUGUGAUGAGAGAUGGAGAUGGGGGGUGGGGGGUGUCCUCUGUUCUGCCUGGCACUGGGGAAGUGAAUGUGAAGAGGGCACAGACGAUCAAUCUGUGACGCUAGUAUAGUCACUGUGGUGAUCAUGAGCAGACAUGUGGGCAGUACACAGACACAACACCCAGCCUGGCUGUCAACCACAUCAUCACUUCUCUGCUUACAGUGAGUAUUACACAGUGGGAGUCCAUGCUACGCUUUGACUGGGGGUUCUUGCUGUUUUUCUGCCUCCAGCGUGAAGUCAGGAUAAUUCUACCAUCAAGAAGAAGAGUUUCACCCCUGAGAGCAGCUUAAGCAAAUGAAAUGUACCAGUUCCCCUUGAACUUUCCUUGAAGCUGGAUUAUUUCUACGUGAAACGCUAAUUUACAGAAUGUAGCAACAAGACCAAACAACUGUAGGAUCUUCCAAACUUACUAUUGUAAUGCUUUGACAAGGAUGGCAUAAUGGGAUACAGAUGGAUGGACGGCAGCACAUGACACUCAUCUAACACCAAGUGAGUAACUAUUCGCACAGAAGCUGAGAUGAAGCGGAGGCUGCUGAUGACACAGCUACAGUUAUAUAGAUGUGGUGAAUAGAACAGUAACACUUAGAAAUCAUGUUUUUCUGAGCAUUCUUACAAGGUGUCUGUCUGGUUUUCGCCUGACAUGCAGAGCUUCUACCAGCCCCGCCACACCACCCGUCCCCCCCCAGCUCUCUACCAGGACCCCACGCUGAUGCAGCGACGUGUCCUGGAAGAUCAAGUGGAGCUGUGGUGGUUCAGAGAGCCACGCCGCUCACUGCUGUGCUACUGCGCCUCCGUAGCCCUCAUACUGGGGCUGGGCCUCGGUGGCGUGGGCCUCCUCUCCACCACCACCAGUCUGUCCGGGGAGUGGCGCCUCGGGGUGGGCACUACCCUCUGCCUCUUAGCCCUGGCUGUUCUUCUCAAGCUGCUUCUCAGCUCUGCCAUCCAGGACAUGAACUGUGUGCACAGCUGGCGUCGCAUCGACCAGCUGAAGAGCGGCGGAAGGGCUGACCCUGCGCUGAUGUUGGCUGUGGGGCUGGCAGUGAUGCUCUGUGGGACGGUGCUUCUCUGUGUGGCCACCGUCGGCAGCCCAGGUUAUGACAGCAAGGAGAUGUUGGUGUCCAGCCUGGUGCUGAUGGCUGCUGGGGCAGGCAUGGCUCUAGCUGUAGUGGGCUACAGCGUGCUCGUGUACCUUGAAAGAAGAAGGGAGCAGAGGAGGAGGAGGAUGAUGAGAAUGAGCAGAGUGAGGAUGCUGGGAAGUCGAACUGUCAGGGUGUUCAGCGUCUCAGGAGGACAGAUGAGCCCAGCCAGGAGAGAGACAUCCUCCAGCAGGACCAGCCUGAUCUGAAUGGACUCAAUGGGCAAAAUCACUCACAGAAAAAAGGAUCAAAGAAUCUUUGAAAGGAAAUAAAACAAAACAAAGAGAUGACUUUAGGAGUAUCUUUCCAGUCUUUUUGUUCACAUUAGCAUAAAAAUGACUUCUGUUGAACAUCACCAAAAGAAUACCUGCAAAUAGUUUGUAAAAGAACAACAAUGACGCUAAACACUUUUUUAAACAAUGGCUCAAUGUGAUGAACACACACCUGCAUGUCUGAAUACACCAUUUUGGUACAUUUGCGUAAUUAUGGUUGAAAAUAAAUGUUCAGCAAGUGUUCACAUCAAAACCAAACAGCACUUCUUGGAUUCUCUGUGUUCAUGAUGUUCUCUCCCACUAACUCAAAACACAUUUGUGUUGUUUUCACGGUAACAUUACUGCAUUCUCAACAGAUUCUUACUGUAUACGCUGUGUACAGUAUGUUACUGUAGAUGUUCUAUGCAUUAUGUGAAGAUAUUACUGUGAAUUUAAAUUAGGAAUUUAUUAUAAGAACUGGAAACACAACAGAACAUGUUUCUUUUAGCUUUCAGGUUUAUUUCCGAGGUAUGGGGCUCUCUGAAUAUGUCCAGAAAUACUGCUACCGCGAGUUCCCGCCCUGCACACUGGAGGAAAGUUUUACAAAUAUAAAAGAGUCAUAAUUGACAUAGCUUGUUUGCUGUUUGAGUAGUUUUACAGACGUCGCUUCUAUAAUGAUGGCCUUUGGGAAAAAUGCUCUUUGGUCCACAUGGGGAGUUUUCGUUACGAUACUGAGAGUGGCAAUUGGCAAAAUUUGGAGGCUAAGCUAAAGGGGCGGGGCCAUAUCCAAGUCUUACUAUCCAUGAUCUCGAAACAACCUCAAACCUCCCACUUGAAUGUAUUUUUGUGCAAUAUUUUUGUUUUAUUCUAAGUUUUAACAUCAAAUUUUGCUUACGACUUGCGGUAUCUGUGACAUUUUGCACACACUCCUCAGUUGAAGCUCUCAGGAGGAAAGAGCGCAUUUGCCAGAGAGAGCCUGUUCUGUCGUGUCACCGUGUCCGUCUGCUGACCUGCCACAUGCCGCAUCGUUAAUAUCUAGAGCUGCCAUUCUGUGAGACCAAUAAAUCCAUCUUCAGGAUUCCACCCGGUGGCACCAUAUGUCCAUUAUUGCUAACCAGCGUACCAUGGCCCAUUGUUGUAGUAUGGACCGCUAAAAUGACUGGCUUUAUCUAAAACAGAUCUGUUUAUAUUGUUGUGAUAUUUUUCUGUAUUAUUCUUACUGUAUUGUUCAAAUU